GGACGAUAGCCAGGAAAAGAAAAUUUUAUGAUAUUAAUUUUCUUUUUUCCUGCCCAUCCUCCAUCAAUAUGAAAAUUCACUAAUACGUCAUACCCAAGCAAUUAAACCACAAGGGAGGGAAGAUAAUUAUACUUCAAUUUAUAUGGCCCAACAGGCUAAAAAAUAAGAGAACAAACUGUCCAAACAGGACCUGAGAGUCUACAAAGAAACGUAGUGGGGUAACUGCAGAUCAUUUCGGAAGACACUCCUGCCUCUGAUGCCCAGGAGGUUGCCACACCAAGUGUCUAAUGUACCUUACUAAAUUUUCAUGUUGACGGUGGCAUAACUAAUGGAGAACAGGGAACAGACUCCAUGGCUGCAUGAUGAUCCAGCCUCUUCUGUCAAACUGCAUCUGCAGGUACUACCAUCACUCCUCAAAGUUGAAUGGCAGCUUGGAAUGAAUUCCUGGAUAAUAAACCACUUGAACUGAGGUCCUGUGGAGAUACAAUUGAGCUCACUAUCCGGGUAGAAGAACAUCAAGAAGAGGACAAUAUGGCAUUACCCUGUACAGUGCAAUGUUCUGGUGCUGGUCAAAAUUCUGCUAAUAAUGCAUUAAAUGUAUCGACACAAUCUAAUGUUACGUCAGAAACAGUUCAGAUGGCUCCGAAUGUGACCCAAACUUCCAUCCCUUUAGAAAGUGACUCACAAUAUUUUGUGGUCAGGGAUAGCAUUAUUUAUGCAGUGAAGAAUAACUUUCCAGGUCUGAAUAUCCAAGUUACUCCAUGGGAAUUGAAAAUAUCUGGGGGCCCAAGAGAUUUGGUACAGGCACGAAGAGAGAUUAAGACUGCUAUAGAUGGAGUCAAGUUCAGGACUAUUGCGUUACAGUGCAAUAUCAAAGAUUUUCUCAGCUGCUGGGAUAAGAAAGCCCUUUCUGAAAAAAUAUUUGGCAGGACACAAGAAGGCUGUGUUAUCUUAGAUUCAUCACGAGGUCUGCGCUUGUAUGCACCUUGUAUCACUCUUCUUGAUCAAGCAGAGAAUUUACUAAAAGGAAUUUUUCAAGAAAGAAGUAUUUAUAUAAAAAAUGAGGACAGAAAUGUCAUUGUUUCAGAGUCGUGGACAAGUUUGACGGAGAAAAUUCAAAGCAACAAAAAUAUUCUUCUCUGUUCCCAUGAAAACGAAAAUGGUAGCUUGAAUCUGUCUCUGCAAGGCUUUAAAAAAGAUGUGGAAACAGCAACUGAAAUAAUUAAAGAUCACCUACGCUUACACAUUACAACUCAAGAAGACCUUAACCUAGAGAGUAGAAUAUUAGUUGAAAACCUGGAUGACUUAAUGCUAAGCUUUAAUUUGGGAGAACUAGAGACAGGUGUUAGAUCCUUACCUUCCUCAGGUACCAGUGUAACAUUGAUUGGACCAGAAAAUGCUGUGACAAAAUCAAUGGAAUUGCUCAGAAAUGUAAAGCAAAUCAUUUGCCAUGAGUUCCUUUCAUUGGGAGAACAUGGAGCAUUAUACUUUUUUAAAAACCAAGGAAAGGAAAUGCUAGACCAAAUUUCUAAGGAUCAUAAUUGCAAGGUCUAUAUUGGUGAAUCUAAGGAAGCAUGCAGUAAGAAAGAAAGCAGAGGCAGAAAAUGUGACUUAAGGACAUUGCCCCCAAAAAAGGAAAAGAGUGCGGAGUGGCAGCAAAGUACAGCAGGUUACACAAUGCCUGUUAAUAGUACUGAUAACAAGCAACCAUUAAUUCAACUUAUACUGAGCUAUGGAAAUCUUGAAGAAAAACAGGCAAAUGUGAUCAGUGCCCCCCUACUUGCUGCCAACCCAAGACUUAAUGUUUUGAAUGUCACCAAUAGCCUGCAAACUAAGGCAGGGACCAAAUUCUCAACCCUUUUUACUACAAUUCUUAAUGAUCGUCCCACCCUGAUGCCAGGAAGUCUUGUAGAAAUGCCAUUGGCUAAGAAUACACAUGCAUUAAAUUGUGACUCCAUGCUCUUCAUUGUAUGCACUCCUUAUGAUGAACCUCAUGGCUCUUCAGUAAAGGAUCUGAGAAAGGGGAUUUCAGACAUGCUGAAGAAAUGCAGUCAAAAAAAGAUGUGCUCGGUAGCAAUGCCGACUAUUGGUGCUGGCAUAGCUUUACGUUUCCCUAAUGAGAUUGCAGCCAGAAUAUUUGGGGAAGAAUUAAAAUUAUUUGUGGAAAAAGAACCCAAUACCAGUUUAAAGAAAAUACAGCUGGUGUUCCAGAAAAACAUGCAGUGUUUAUUUGCAGCCUAUGAGGAAACAUUAUUACAAAUGGAUUUUGGAGGUCGGAUUGUUCUGUGCAAUGAAGAUGGAGAUCCUUUAAAAAAAUUAACACUUGGACAACACAUUGACCUGAGAGCAGGAAAGCUGUCUGUGUCUGUGGUCUACGGGGAUAUUGUGGAGGAAAACAACGAUGUUAUUGCAAACUCAACCAACUUUAAUCACUGGGGACCUAAAACUGUGGCUCAUUCUAUAUUUACUGCUGCAGGACCUGAAGUGAUUACAGAUACUCAACGCUGUCACAGUUCUAACCAAAAGGUUGUGGUGACAGGAUCAGGAUCUCUUAACUGUAAAUAUAUUUUUCACUGUGACUGUCAAAGUAGCCUUUUAAACAUCGAGCACAUUGUUAGGGAAGUAUUACUGAAAUGUGAGGAAUCCGGCCUGCAAUCUGUAUCAAUGCCAGCCUUUGGCACAGGAGUUUGUAGGUUCGACCCAGAGACUGUAGCCAAAUACAUGGCAAAUAGCAUAUCUUCAGUUGUCCAGAGUUCUAAUCUGUCUAGCCUCACCUCUGUGCGUCUGGUCGCAUUGAAACCCUACAUCUACAGAAUCUUUUCUGUUAUAUUUCAGAAAUAUUUCAAGCCAGCACAGGAAGCUACACGGAAAUCACUUGAUCUACUUACAGCACGUCUAAAAUGCAGACAAGUCCAAAACACCAAACAAAUAAAGUAUAAUGGCAUCCAUGAGAUUCCAAUACCUCAUCAUCCUAUAGCUUUGCUGAGUAUUGUAGGAACAGACCCAAAGACUUUGAAAACUGUCAAAUCUAUUUUGGAAUCUGAAUUUUUUAACCACUACUGGGAGGAGGAAAUAGAAGAUGCUCUGCUUAAAAGCAUGUCAGAGGAUGAAAUCCAAAGCCUCUUCUCUUUGUUGAAAGAGAAACCACAAGUCCAAGUGAUUCUGAAUCAAGGAAGGGGAUGUAUUCAUAUUAAUGGUUGUGAUGCAAAUAUUCCAGAGUUGUCAGUUCAAGUGAAAAAUAAACUCAAAGAUAUUUUACAUGCUAGACAAGAAGAUGCACAGAGAGAUAAAGCAGGGCUUCUGAUUCAGUGGAGUUAUUGUAAUGGAGCAUCAGUCACCCCUUUUGAAGAAGAAACCUGUCAACAACUGGAAAAAAAGUUUACAUCUGAUUGCAAAGGCACAUUGACUGUUGACUUUGACAACAGGACACAAAUCAAUGUGAACCUUGAGACAAUGAAGGCUUUGAUACCAAAUCUUGGGCAGGAAGUUACUGUUGUGAGGAAGGACUUAGAAUCAGAAACUGAUCUCCCUGACCACUGGGACCAAAUGAACGGACAUGCCCUAAUGAUGGUACCUCUAGAUCCUAACUCAGAAGAGUACUGUAAAGUUCAUGCUGAUUUCACUAGAACAGCUGGCCAUUGCUGCAUUGUGAAGAUUGAGAGAGUCCAGAACAUUUACCAGUACAUUGCAUAUGCACUCAGCAAGAAGAUCAUGAAAGAGAAGAAUGGGACUGCUAAAGUUAAUGAGUGUACUUUAUACUAUGGAACAGCAUCCAAAAACUGCCAGUCCAUUAACUACAAUGGCUUUGACCGAAAUUUUGACCUUAAUGCCACCACUUAUGGUGAUGGAGUCUAUUUUUCAGUGGAUGCCAGCUACUCUGCUGGGAUAAAAUUCUCUCCUCAAGAUCCGGAGACCCAACUGCGAUACAUAUACCAAGUGAAAGUGUUAGCUGGACACCACACAAAAGGAAGGAGAGGCAUGAAGGCUCCUCCCUGCAAGUCCCCAAGUGCCCCAUUUGAUCUCUAUGACAGUUUAACAGACAACAACGAUGACCCAACCAUGUUUGUGGUGUUUCAUGAUGAUCAGGUUUAUCCUGAGUAUCUUAUUUCCUUCAGAUAAAAAAAUCCCUGAUGAGCUGUGACAAGAUUAUGGAUUUUAAUAUGGAAAAAUUAACCUUGAAUGUAUUGGAGGGGAAAUGCAGGAUGUUCACUGCAGUGUUAUCACUUUUUCUAAAUGCUGCCUUGUUUAACGUUAGACCUCAGAAAGGAUUUUAAUAUUACUGUUAAUACAAAAAACAUUGUACUCACUUGCCAUCAGACUUGUCAGGCUAGGAUGCUACGGGGGCGCCAUUUCAGUGGGAAAUAAUUUAUUUUACAAGGCACUGAUACCCAAACAAACUCCCCUACAGUAAUAUUGAAGUUAUCUGACAAGAGAUGGUACAAUUUAGCACAAUGUAGACAUAAUCCCAACUUUUAUUGCAAGAUACUUCAGACAUUGCACACCCUCACCUUGCAAUAAAAGUUGGGAUUACCCCGUUUGAAGCACAACAAGGUACUGGUGUUCCAUUUUGUUUAAAAGUAUAUUGCUGGCGUGUAGCAAGGCCAGUACUGUUACCUGCCCCUCUGCACAAUUUACUAGUUUUGUCUCUUUACUGCUACAUUGCAAGUUGGAGUUAUAUCACCCCUCUCUUCACUUCACAGCAGCCUAUCAACAGAACAAUGGGCAGCUAACCAGAUAGCAGUUUCCUAACUCUGCUGAAGGAUUUGUUUGCAUUGCUUAAAAUCCCUAGCCCCACCUAAUGGGGGAUUUUAGCUGUAAGGGGGUUUACUUCUCCUUUAAAAUCAUUAGUCAAUGGUGCAAUGAGGCUGUGACAACAAAGUUCACAUAGACAAUUACAAAAGGUCCUCUGCACUCAACCCAUUAUUAUCAAUAGUGUAUAUUAAGGACAUUGAGACAUUUCAUGCAUUAAGCUACUAAGGCGCAAAUUUACUAAAGGCGAAGUUGCUAACGCUAGCGAAAAUUUGCCAGCGUGAAGUCAUUUUGCCACUUCGCUGAUUUACCAAUGGUCCCUGGCAUAUAUUCACUAGUGAAGUAGACAGACUCUAGCGGUACUUCGAACCCUUACGCCAGGCAAAGUUGCGCUCUGACGAAGGGACGUAACUACGCUUAUU